UAACUGUCUGCUGCUCGUCACUACUAAUCACAAUGUAACUCAACACAAUGUAAUGUUUUUCAGCUGAGGAGGAGCAGUGCAGGAAGGACGAGGAGGAGGGGAAAGGGGAGUCUGCUGCUGAGGAGAGGGACGAGGAAGAGGAGGACGAGCAGGCUGACGAAGGUGUCGGAGGCAUGUCGGAGGAGGACCCCAUAGACCACGUCUGUGAGAAGCACGUGGUCCUCACUCAGGCCGAGCAGGUGGAGGAAGAGGACGACCCCGCUUUGCAGGAUGUCCUGGCCAGCCAACGCCAUCUCCAUCUGCCUGGGAUAGAGGAAGUGGAGGCCCAUGCGUCGCUUCUCCUCCAGCUGGCAGAUGACAGCGACGACCACCACCACCUCGUGCCCGCCGCGCUGAGGCAGCAAAUCGCCACGGCUGCUGCCGCUCUCCACGACCACGACCGCUCUGGCGCCAACUUCGCCAAGAAGUACGAGUCCAGGUGGGGCUACACCCUCUUUGGCCGUUGCCUCGGAGCCGACACGCCAGAGACCAGCGCGGCCCAGAAGACCAAGUUUGGCUGGAUGAGGUACCCCCAAGCAGCGCAGGUGACCGAGGAGAGCCGCCUUCUGUACCUCCUGAUUAAGAUGCUGCAGCACCAUCCCACCUGCAGCAAAUUCCACUCGUCUCCCAGCAAGCUGACCUCGUCCAUCAAAGGCCAGUACAAGAGGAUCGCCGACAGAGUGAGGGACGACACGGUCCUGGGCAGCCUCGCCAUCCCGCUGCCCAACAUAAAGGCCAAGUCCAUCAGUAACUUUUUCAGGAGGGAGGAGAAGAUGGCCAACUUCAGGGCAACGGUCAGGCCAAGAGUGAAAACUCAUCGGGAUGUCCUGUCAGGCCAACCAAUGCCUGAUGCCCCUGCCCUGCCGUCGUCACUGCCACCACCAGACAGGCCUCAGGUGCAGUUCCAGGAGCCUCACCAUGUCGCUGGCAAAAGGCGUGGCGAAAAGCGGAGGUUGGACUUUGAAGAGCCACAGCUGCAGCCAGAGCCACAGCCAGACAGUCAACCAGGGCCUUCACACCGCACUAUCCAGCCCACGCUUGCCACUGCAUCCUACGUGCCAUCUGCCGUGGCAAAAGCACCUGUCCUCCUGGUGCUGCCAAGCCAACCACAGGCUCCGUCAGUGAGGUUGCUGCCAUCCGCCAACCCUGUCUUCCUCCCUGUCCUCCCACCCCGUCCUCCCGCUGUGAAACCUGUGAUGCCCAACAAGUCCAGUAAGCCAUAUGGGGCUUGCAAGGUGCCGCAGUGUGGGGGUCAGCGCAAGAAAUACACCCCUUCCAAAGACAAGGUGGCUGGAAGCAGCCAGAAGAUAUUCACCUUUUGCCCCUCCACCAAUAUGUCCACCACACCUGGCUUCGAAGGUGUAACGUACAACAGCUAUGAACACUUUAAAAACAGUGGUGGACCAGGAGCUGGAGAAGAGGAGAGCCACCCUCUAAAACUGAUGUGGUGGAAUGCCAGGAUGGAGUCCCUACGUGUCGAUGGAGGUCGUGGUGGCAAGACAAGCUGUGUAGACGCUACAAAGAUUCAGCCAAUGAAUCGGCAGGCGGAGCUGCUCUUAGACAAGGACCAUGUCUUGAAGCCGAACUUUGUUGCGCCUUUGCCAUACCCUGACAGCUACAGCCACCCAGACGAGGAAGAGCUGCUUGCUGAGGAGGAGCAGUGCAGGAAGGAGGAGGUGGUUGAGCGCUGUUAA